CUUGACUUUUUCAGUUUUUGUUUUGAAAUAUUUCUGUCCUGUUCGCUUUCGAAUUUCAGACAGACGUUUCAAACCUUUCGACCUGAUCCUUUUGUUCGCUUUGUCACUUGUAGUUUAUCUUCUUCACUUCCAUUUGAUCAUGAAUGCUCCACCGACUUUCGAAUCGUUCCUGCUGCUCGAGGGAGAGAAGAAGCUGAGCAUUGAGAAGGACACCAAAGUACCGAAUGCUGCUUCUUUUCUAAUCAUGAAGGAGGAUCACACACUGGGCAAUGCGCUGAGAGCUCAGCUGCUGCGCGACCCCAAGGUGAUAUUUGCUGGCUAUCGUGUGCCGCAUCCCCUGGAGAACAAGCUAAUUAUUCGUGUGCAGACUACACCAGACUACACGCCACAGGAGGCUUUUAGCAACGCCAUCACAGAUUUGACCAGCGAGAUCUCCUUGCUGGAGGAACGAUUCAAGCAGGCUAUCCAGGACAAGAGAGAGAAUGAAUAGAAGAGGUUUGAACUUACUCCCUGUACAGCAUAACCCAUGAAAGAUAUUUUAUUAAAAAAAUUGAAUGGCCUUUUUGUAAAUACAAGUCAUCCUUUGUAUAUACAUGUACUAGUAUUGGCUGUGAACCCAUUGCACAUAUUUCAAAGCCCAUCGAAUACCAAACACAUAUCCUCAUUCUCUACUGUACAUAUCUUGAGAAUUAGAAGCACACCGCACAAAAUAUACUGAUCGAAAUGCAAUGUACAGUCAGUUAAGUCAUGUUAUUUUGAGACAGCUCUAGGUGAACCUUUCUUUUGUUGUGUGUUGGCAAGUUCGUUGUCAGUUUUUUUACGCGAUCAUUUCAGCGUUGAUUGUACCCAUCGCAUAGUAACUGUAUGUAAAGCGUUAUCUGCUGUGCGUGUGUAUGGUGUGUGUGUGGUGGUGGUGAUGGUGUGUGUGUGUGUGUGGUGGUGGUAGUGGUGGCGGUGGUGGUGUGUGUGUGCGUGUGUAUGGUGUAUGGUGUGUGGUGGUGGUGGUGGUGGUGUGUGUGUGUGUGGGGUGUGUGAAACCCAGUUGAUGCCUACACGUUGCCACACUUGUGUCCAUGUUUAACAAUAAUUUACUUGACAAUCUGAUGCAACAGCCACUGCAGCCUAUUGCAGAUACCCAGCUACUGCCUAUGUUCA